UUGUCUAGUACUUCCAGGAGAGAAGAAAUCUACUUCUCUUUGAGUCACUUUUGGUAUCAAUCAUCUUUGUGAUGGCAAACCAACCCACCCGCCCUUGGUUCCGUUUAGCCUCCUUAGCCCGCCCACCCGCCUCAGUCCCAUCUCAGGCUCAGGCUCAGGCUACAGCCCCAGCACCAGCCACAGAGCCACGCCCAGCUGUAGCUCGGCCUACCUUUAGGCCAUUGGCGCCUUCUCUGCCAAUUCAAGCUCAAGAGCCCACAUCACCACCUGCUGCUACUGCUCCGCCUCCCACAGCAGCGCCGCCUCUUGUUGCCACCUCCGCCUCUGUCCCAUCAUCUCCAACUCCGAGAGCUUCCGCUCCUUCUGCAUCGGUGCCAUCAUCUCCAACUCCGAGAGCUUCCGCUCCUUCUGCGUCGGUGCCAUCAUCUCCAACUCCGAGAGCUUCCGCUCCUUCUGCGUCGGUGCAGACAAGUCCAGUCCAGAAAGCCACAAUAUUCCUCCCGUCUUCGGUGGCGGCGCCACCCUCCGCUCCAGUUCAAACUUUUCCAAUUGCUACCAGAGCUGCUGCCGCCGCUGCCGCAGCUCGUGUUCCCAGCCCUAUACCGCCACCGAAAACCUUUGUGCCGCCGGCUGCUGAAACCCCACCUCAGUCAUCUAAGUCGAGGCCUACUGCUCCGCCACCCUCUCCUCUAAUCCUCCCGCCUUCCCAAAUGAAGUCGACCGAGACGGAGCCUGAGCAGAAGACCGUGCUGGUUCAAAAGACAAUUGAAAAGCCCAAGCCGUGGCUCGGUGGCCAUAAUGGCGGCGACCAGACUAAUUAUAACAAGCCAAGCAUUAUCCGUAAUGGAGUAGAGCAAGAUGUUGAAAGCAAGGAGAAAGAGAAAGGCAAUCAUCACCGCAAAAAGGUUUCGGAUAAUUCUGAGGAGAUGCGUAUGCGGGUUAUAACAAUCGCCGGCGAAAACAAAGGUGCUUUCAUGGAACUAAUCCAUUCCCCACAGAAACAUCACAACAAGAAGGGCAACGGUGGUAAAACUCAAAGCCAUGGAAGUGACUCUGAAAGCUACAACACCAGUAGCGACAAGGAGGGGAAUCAAAAGAGUCAAAAAGGGAAAGCAAAAACUUCUUCUUCAUUGCCCAUGAAUGCCUUCAUGAACAGCAAUGUACAGGGCGUCAACAACUCCAUCCUCUACAACGCUUCGUGCACUCACCAUGACCCAGGAGUGCAUCUCGCACUCUCCAGGAAGCCCUCCGGCGAGUUCCAGGUGAAGGAUCGCGUUAAUAAUGGCGGCGGUCACAAUUAGGAGUCGUUGCAAGGUUUUUCCUUAAUUAAUUUCUACUUUGGUUUUUCAAGUUAGGCUAUAUGGUAGUAUGUAAUGUAAGACAAUAAAGGUGCGGUUGGAAGGGGGGCAAUAUUAUAUGGAUUCUGAUUCUUCAUGGCUGUGUUCCACUUCGAGUGGAGUGUAGCUGAAGAUCGAUCGUCCAUUGCCUUAUAUAUGUUUGGUAAUAAAAGGGUGCGGUUUGCUUUGUACGUUUAUUCAACUCUUGAAUAAUAUUCAUAUAUAUUGGCGAACUAGCUACUA